GUGUGACUUACAUGACAGUGAUUUCUUCAAAAGUUUGCAAACCAUGGAGCCUGCAGUGGAUAAGCUGGAAGCUUUGUUUCAGAAGGCAGAGUCAGACCUCAACUACAUCUCCCUCCGACUGGAAACUGAAUUUUCACAACAGUUUUUAGACAAAGGCCAAGAGCAGCUCAACCCAAUAAAACUUCUACAAAGAAUAAACCAAGCCAAAGUACAAUUUAAAAAUCUUUCAGAACAAGCAAGUCAGAUACAUUCUCAACAACAGGAAAUACAGGCUUAUGUCAGGAACCAAAUUUUAGCAUGUCAGGAUCUUCUGUGUCAUUCACAAAAAUGUGCUGGUCUUAUGGUCAUGGAAAAAAGUGAUGAUGAGAGGUUUCUACAAACAUCAGUGUCUUCUAUUAGAAAAGACACUGCUAGUUCUGAGCUGAGUACUGAUGAAGAAGACAAGGAAAACAAAUCUGAAGGCACAGAGAGCAAAACCCAGCAAGAAUCUGAUAUAAAACCUGUGAAUAGAGGGAAACAUGAAUUUGUUCCUGUUGAUGAGAGAGAAUUUUUAACUGUCUCAGAACUUGUGAGAGGACGGGUGAAACUUCAGGAUGUUAACAAGGUUUAUGAUGUUCUGUUUCAUCAUUUCAAGAAAAACAAACACAGUUCCAGUCUAACUCCCAAAGACUUGACAAAAAUGGGACUGAAGGUUACUGGAGCAACUGGAGGAGCAAAGUUAAAGGUUCUUAGAGCAUUAAAAGUCAUUGUCAUUGACAACAAAGGAGCUGUUAAAAUGGCAUGACUUUAAAUUUUCUGUGUGACUCUUCAUGCAGUGGUUGGUUUUCACCGAGUCGAGAAAAAUGUUUAAUGAGAGACUGAACGAAAAAAACAGUAAAUCUUCUAUAAAAUGCUUGCAGAGAUUGCGUGGCCAUCCCUGGAAUUCUCUGAAAAAUAAUUAAUGGUUAGCAUUGCUUUGUUUGACAAUGAAUUUGAUACAACUCCACAGAGCUCUUUGAUUUCUCAAAUUAACUGAUCAGUAUUGAAGUUUUCUAUCUCCAAAGUACACUUUAUUUUUCCAGCAACCAUCAAAAUACAGAUUCAGGAGAUUCUUAGUGACAUGUCAUUCCAACAAUCUCCCCAUCAGGCACCUAAAUAAGUGAUUCAAACUGCCAAUUAAGGGUUCUAAGUAAUUAUCAAUAACUAAACACUUGCAAAGAAAUAUCUACCAACAGAUUUUUCCACUGCCUUGAUCCUCAAACUGUUCGAAAGUCAAAGAUAAAGAAUCAUAUAAAUAAGGGACUGUGUACUUUCUUUUGAUUGGUACUGUAUUCAAGCAUUCUAGUGCAUUGUAACAACUUCGGUUAAAAAAAACAACAACAACAACGAA